AUAUAUAUAUAUAUAUUAUAGUAAAGUUUAUAAUAAAAUGGGAAAAUUAAAUAUUUUCGCGAUAUACAUGCGAAAACGUAUGCGCAUGUAUACCGACGUUACUGUAAUUUUAUCAAUAAUUCUAUCGUUAUCAUCCGCGCUCACUUGAAUCACUGCAACCUCUCACUUUCGCCGCGAUGUUUCUUGACGCGGUCGUUAGCGCGCGUGAAUUUUUCAAGCCACGCGGGGGGUUCCUGCAAGACCGACGAACGCGAACGAAUAGAGGUUAGGUGUCCCGAAUCGAAGACAGCGCUAAGAAAGUAAGAACGGUCUCUUCUUUUCCAAGAGAGAAACUCGACGCUCGGUUAACUCUCGCCUGGCUUCUCGUCGAAAGGAGACGCGAGAAGACGUGAUUAUUAUAGGAGCUUGAUCUCGCGGGUGAGAACCCCUUAGCCGAGGUCAGUCGUCUCGGCGUAUCUCGACGCGUGUGUGCGUGUGCUCGGUGUGUGUGUGUGUGCGUACGCGCGCGUACCAACACGCGUGAACGCGAUGACAGUCCGUUCGUUCCGGGCACGAGAACGUCGACAGCAGCAGCGCUGAGCAGCGCGCGUGAGCCGAGAGAGGAAGGCCCCCCGUCACGUCCCGUCCAUCCAUCCGUCCGUCCGUCCGUCCGUCGAACAUAUGAUCGUAGCCCCGCCGAGGGCGCGCGUCGUUGAGGUGAGAACGUCGUCGUCGGUUUCCGGGAAGCGCGCGAUCGCACUACCCGCCUUCCGCACUCCCGCCGCCGCGGCCGACCUUAGCCCAGUCCAGUCCGCGACCCGAGAUCGCGCGUGCGACUCGCGGAAAUGACAAAGCGCGCCCCGCUCGCGCGUCAGCAGCAGUGAGGAGAGGAGCCCGCGUCGCCGUUCGCGGACGCGAAUUACAAGUCUCCCGGUGUGAUCCCGAGCGGAAGGAAGCGGCGUCAGACAUGAGCUCCGUCUGGAAGCGCCUGCAGCGGGUGAACAAGCGAGCUGCCAAGUUCCAGUUCACCGUCUCGUACCACGAGGUCACGUUGGAGACGACGACGAAGUGGAAACCAAACAAAUUGAGCGUCGUUUGGACAAGACGGAGCAGAAGAGUUAGUUCGGAACCCUUGGACUGGGAGCCAUGUUUGAGCGAUCCCUUGAAAGGUAUCAUUAGCUGGGCAGUCCCUGACAAUCACACGGUUUCCGUGACGCUGUUCAAAGAUCCACGAACGCACGAGUUAGAGGACAAAGAUUGGACGUUUGUUAUUGAAGAUGUGUCGUCGACGGGUAAAAGGCGUCACGUGGCUGCCGCCAAUAUAAAUAUGAAAAAAUACGCAACCUUAGAAUCUAGUCAGCAACAACUCAAAUUAGACUUGAAGCCAACUUCUAAAAAGAUCGUUAGCGCUACGCUCGAAUGCACUUUGUCAUGUGUGUUUCUGCGAGAGGGCAAGGCGACGGACGAGGAUAUGCAAAGUAUGGCUAGUUUAAUGUCGGUUAAUAAUAAUAGCGACAUCGCGCCGUUAGACGAUUUCGACAACGAGGACAUACCUGAGGACGUUGAGGAAGUGUCGGUAAAAAAUUUGGACGAGAUUCUGGAUAUCUCUGCUCAACUUGAUUUGAUGACGAGCAGUCUCACCGAGAGCGAAUUACCCAGUACGCCUAUAAGUGUGGCAAGCUUAUCAAAGGACGACACAACUCCUGUAAACGACGGGGAGCAUUUUAUACGUGACAUUAGUCUAACAGGAAUUGGAGAGUCUUUGAAAGAAAAAUCACCCGUGAAAGACAGUGUUGCUGUUGAAAACGAUAAAAACAUCGAACAUAGCACGCUGAGAUUGCCGCUGCAGCCGUUGGACCUUAAAAAGAAUGACGCGAACGUUCCAAGACUGAAGGAGAUUACCCCCGGCCAAGAUUUAUUGGAAUGGUGUAAGGAAGUUACGAAGGACUCUCCCGGCGUCAAAGUCACCAAUCUGACGACAUCCUGGAGGAACGGAAUGGCGUUUUGCGCGAUUAUUCAUCACUUCAGACCCGAUCUGAUAGACGUCGAUACCCUGUUGCCGCACGAUGUGAAAGGCAACUGCAAGAAGGCGUUCGACGCGGGCGAAGCUCUGGGCAUACCGAGAGUUAUUGAACCAGCUGACAUGGAUAUAUUAACGGUACCUGAUAAAUUAGCUGUGAUGACGUAUUUGUAUCAGUUGAGAGCGCACUUUACCGGCCACGAACUGGAGGUACAUCAAAUAGGUAAAACGACAGACGAGUCCUCUUACAUGAUCGGCAGAUUUAAUACGGACAACAACACGGACGUGAGUGUUCAACUGUUUGGUCAGGAGAUUAUUAACUUGCGGAAGAAGGAACAGAUGGAUCAGAAGAACAACAAAGCGGAGAGUAACAGACGGUCGAAUCCGUUCGAUAAUAAGAAGGACGAAAUUAGCAUCGACUCGUUAAAAAACAAGUUGCACUUGAGCCUAAACACGGACCAUCAGGAUCACGAUCAGUGUAACAAGGAUAAAUCGCCGUCCAGCGUGAAGGAGGUCAAGGACAUCAUACUGGCCAGCUCGAAGAGCAUUCUGGGCAAGGUGCUGUCGCCGACCAAGGAGAAGUACUCGUCGAGAGAGAAGAGCAAGUCUCCGCCGAGAGUGCAACAAGCGCAGCAACGUCCGAUACUUAUGACACGCCGGCAAUUAACCGAUCCGUUCGGCUCCGACGACGAAGAGGAGAACAUACAGAUAAUGACAGACGACAAAUGGUCGCAAUCGAUCUCGCUUACCAAAUCGCAAAGUCCGGUCCGUGAUGACUCGGUAAACUCUGACGAUAAAGGAAGUCGAGGUAGUUCCGAAUGUCAAGGUGCAUCGCCGCCGUAUGGAGAACAACGUUCACAACAUCCGUUAGUUAGCCGGCACGAUGAAUUGCGGGAGCGAGCGAGGCAACUCCUAGAACAAGCCAGGAGCCAGACGAAGCCAUCCGGAUACGUUUCCGCCGCGAUCAGUCCCGUCGAGACGCAGAAUGAUGACGAGAGGCAACAGCAGUUACGAGAAAGGGCGAGACGAUUGAUUGCAGAAGUGAAAAUGGGCGUCGCUGUGACUCCGAGUCAACUGAAUGACGAUAACAAUAGCGACAGACGAUCGAUAGACGAUCAGAAUAAUAGUCCUAGACGCAGCAUUACGCCGUCGACACCCGGCGAUCGGAUCAGCAUAAAGUCCGAGUACAAUGGAAAUAUAUUGGGGAGCUCGAGUGUGAUAGACGGAGAAAAGAAAACUGGCUCGCCUUUGUAUUCCUUCUCCAAAAUCAUCGAAAGAAUCUCACCCGAUAAAGGAAGCCCCGACAGAACUCCGUACACACUUCGCGGGUUGGGCAAGGACAUGACGUCAUAUAUUCAAAACGAGCUCGAAGCACUUGAAAGAGAGCAGAAUCAGAUUGACAUACAAGCUGGCAAGCUUGAGAAGCAAUUGAGAGCAGCCAUGGAGAGCGAUAACGAAGAUGAAACGGAAAGACUGAUGUCUCUGUGGUUCACUCUUGUCAACAAAAAAAAUGCGCUCUUAAGAAGACAGAUGCAACUAAACAUACUGGAGAAAGAAGACGAUUUAGAGCGAAGAUUCGAGCUCUUGAACCACGAAUUAAGAAGCAUCCUCGCGGUGGAAGAUUGGCAAAAGACGCCCGAGCAAAAAAUGCGUGAAAAUUUAUUGUUGGAGGAGUUAGUAUCCAUUGUGAACAAAAGGGAUGAAUUGGUGCAUCAUCUCGACACACAAGAAAGAGCUAUUGAGGAUGACGACGAGAUAGAGCGUGACUUAUCUCGCGCUGGACUAGCUCAACGAAACAAAAAUUGCGUUGUGCAAUGAGGAGUUAAUUUACUGCGUUUUUUCAACAUUAUUGUAAAGGCAUGACCCAUGUUGCUGUGGAGUUGCCAAAAAGUCAACAAAAUUAGAGAUCGAAGAGUUAAGUGUGAAUUUUCAUGGUUUACAAACAGGUUAUUUUUAGAGGCUCAUUUUUUAUUAUGCAUUGUAGAUUAAUUCAUCAUAAGGAUAGACAAAGAAAUUUCUCCAUUCUCUUUGUUUUUAAUAUAAGGUCAUCGAUCAAUAAUUCGCGACGAAAGAAAAAUGGAAUUAAAGUCAGAAAAUAAUGUCGAAUUAUCAUAAAUUGAUUAAAUGAUUUUUUUUUGUAUCGAGCACAAUUGAUUAUAUAAUAUAAGCAUUUUAUGCUUCAAGUGAAAUGUCGCGCGUUAGUAGGACUGCGUGCAAAUAUAUGAAAUGUGCUACGGAGUGAGGAAUCGUGCAAAGCAGUUUACGAAUCAGUGAGUAGACGAAAGGGGAUACGAGUUUUUCUUCUUUCUCGAAUAAAAUAUUCGGCGAUUAGCGAAAUAAGAGCGAACGCAAAUGCAAAGGAGCUCGGAAAGAAUGCGAGUUAGUGAUAAGAAUAUGUUUUAACGAGAUUCAAGAUCUAAUUACGAAGCUAAUUUAGAUCUAACUGUAUAUUUAAAAAGUUUGUUUUAUAUAUAAAAUAGCGGGUGGUUCAAGAGAGUAUAAACUGAAUGCGGUUCUUUCUUGCAAGUGAACUCUAGACAUUUCGUUUAUGUGAAACAUUAUUAUUUCGCGAUUUAAUUGUUAAGAGAUUUAAUAUCGGAAAGCCAAAGAAAGUUAAAAAGCGAGUUGUUACGCAAGAACACGCGAGAGAUGGAGAGCAAUUUAGCGAAUAUAUCUCGCGACAAGAUCGAUCGAAAUCGAUUUACGGAAAAUUGAUAGUGGAACUGUUGCGGAAAGUGAGAUCACGUCGGCGUAUAUAUAUAGUUUUUCGUGUUUCGCAACCGUCGUUCCCAUCGAGCAUUCGCAUGUACUCCUAUUUGUGCCAUACGAACGAAUUGAUAUACCUUUUACAUCCUACUGACGGGUUUGUAUUAAAUGCAGGGCAAUGCAUUAAAAACAAAUUCGAUAAUCUUAUUGACGGUAUACGGCGAUUUUAAGAGGAAACCGUAUAGUAAGAUUAAUUUUUACUAAGACUAAUUCUUAUAUGUGGUAAUAUUCUGCGUGUAAUAAGAAUAUUAUGUUGACUUUCUAUAACUUUCUAUAACCAACUGGUGCGUUAUAUUUAAGUGUUUUGGCUAACAGCAUGUGCAAAGAAAGAAAACAAAUCCGCUCAAUUUUUCGGCUUAACGGAUCUCGGCGGCAAGAAAUUAACAUACGAAUGUUCAUUACGUUCGUUGUUCCGUUUGGAACGUUUUCCGAAACUGGCUGAAUAUAAAUAAUUAUCAUCCUUUUAUAACUGCUACACAUGCGAAAUUGUUGACAAAUAUUGUGAAUGACAAAAAGUACAUUUUUUAGUACAAGUGUGCUCCGUAAAAUGAAAAAUAGGAUACAGAGCAGGGUUUACCUGCUGAAAGCAAUAUGUGUUGUGGGAUACAGAUGUAUGUACAUCUAUUUCCCGUAACGCAAGAUAAAAUUAUUUUUUAACUCUUUGUUUCAUUGUGUGAUUUUAUUAUGAAAUCACAAAUUUAAUAUUUAGAUACUGAAAGAAUACUCCAAUUUUAAUUAAAAAUAUCGAUUUGCUUUAUUGAACAUCCGUAGUUAUAGUAAAAGAUUUGGAAAAUUUAUAAUUUUCUAAUGGAAUUCAUGAAAUAAAGAGUUAAAAGCAGAGCGUAUAGAGGUUAGUUGUUUUUUAUGUGUGUUACGCUUGACAAUCACAUAGUGAAUGUUAUCCAAAUUUUUCACCGAGCAAAGGAUUAGAAGUUAUGAAUGUGUUUCGACGCCAUUAUUACCUACAAUUCGAUGUAGCGUGAUCUUCGAAAGUUGAAAAUAUGUUGUCUCUCUGUUGAAUAAUCUUUAUUUAAAUAAAUUGUAAAUUUUGCGUUAAUAUAUAA